CUUUUCUUCCCUUCUCCAGGACCCCCGCCCCCCAACCACCAUUCUCCUCUUUAAAGUAGCAACUUUAUUUGGAUAAAAAUAUACUCAGGAAGGCCAGCCCCCAGCAUGGUGGGCAGACCCGCCCUUGCAUGGUGGGUAGCGGAGCCCAUCCACCCUUGUGAGAUCCUGUCACAUAGUGGGAGCCCUGAAAUGUUUCCUGAGCAACCCCAGACACCAGUGAGCAGCCCUCUGCAGGAGAAGGCCUUGGGGUUCAGAGGCGUCCGACCUCCGAUCAUGAACGGGCCCCUGCACCCCCGGCCCCUGGUGGCGCUGCUCGACGGGCGGGACUGCACGGUGGAGAUGCCCAUCCUGAAGGACGUGGCCACGGUGGCCUUCUGUGACGCGCAGUCCACGCAGGAGAUCCACGAGAAGGUGCUGAACGAGGCAGUGGGUGCGCUCAUGUACCACACCAUCACGCUGACCCGGGAGGAUCUGGAGAAGUUCAAGGCCCUCCGAAUAAUCGUCCGAAUCGGCAGCGGUUUUGACAACAUAGACAUCAAGUCAGCUGGCGAUUUAGGCAUUGCUGUCUGCAAUGUGCCGGCAGCGUCCGUGGAGGAGACUGCUGACUCCACCAUGUGCCACAUCCUCAACCUGUACCGCAGGACCACCUGGCUGCACCAGGCGCUGCGGGAGGGCACGCGGGUCCAGAGCGUGGAGCAGAUCCGAGAGGUGGCUUCUGGAGCUGCCAGGAUCCGUGGGGAGACAUUGGGCAUCAUCGGACUAGGUCGUGUGGGGCAGGCGGUGGCACUGCGGGCCAAGGCCUUUGGCUUCAACGUGCUCUUCUACGACCCCUACCUGUCGGACGGCACGGAGCGGGCGCUGGGGCUGCAGCGGGUCAGCACCCUGCAGGACCUGCUGUUCCACAGUGACUGCGUGACCCUGCACUGUGGCCUCAACGAGCACAACCACCACCUCAUCAACGACUUCACUGUCAAGCAGAUGAGACAAGGGGCCUUCCUGGUGAACACGGCCCGGGGCGGCCUGGUGGAUGAAAAGGCGCUGGCCCAGGCCCUGAAGGAGGGCCGGAUACGUGGUGCAGCCCUGGAUGUGCACGAGUCAGAGCCCUUCAGCUUCAGCCAGGGUCCCCUGAAGGAUGCCCCCAACCUGAUCUGCACCCCGCACGCAGCCUGGUACAGCGAGCAGGCAUCCAUCGAGAUGCGUGAGGAGGCAGCCCGGGAGAUCCGGAGAGCCAUUACAGGCCGUGUCCCCGACAGCCUGAAGAACUGUGUCAAUAAGGACCACCUGACAGCCGCCACCCACUGGGCCAGCAUGGACCCUGCAGUUGUGCACCCAGAGCUCAACGGGGCCGCCUACAGCAGGUACCCCCCUGGCGUGGUGGGAGUGGCCCCCAGCGGCAUCCCGGCCGCAGUUGAAGGCAUUGUCCCCAGCGCCAUGUCCCUGUCCCAUGGCCUGCCCCCCGUGUCCCACCCGCCUCACGCCCCUUCUCCCGGCCAAACCGUCAAGCCCGAGGCGGAUAGAGACCACGCGAGUGACCAGUUGUAGCGCGGACGCAGCUCGGAGCCUCGGCGCCGGCGGGGCCACGCCCUCGGACGGGCGUGCGGAGGAGGCACCGGGCGGCCGCGGCGCUGCAGAGACUGUCCCGGCGCCUGGCGGGAGGCGGCGGCGGCCUCCGCCACGUAGUUCCGUCCCGAGGGCCGGUCGCUGCCGUGUCCCGUGCGUCCUCGUUAAGCAAAAGAAGUUAGUAGUUAAUUCUAUCAUGAAUGUUCUUGUCUGUGCACAGUCUUUAGAACAUCACAGAGGAUUUGUUUGCUUAGCUGUCAGCAGAAAGAAAACCUGGGGCGCGUCCGCGCGCCGCUUUCAGGGUUUUCCCUUCUGUUCGUUGGAACGCGCCCGGAGAGAGCAGCUGGCAAACUUCUCAGGACAAUGAACCCCUCCCGUUUUUCUUUCUAUGCCACACAGUGCAUUGUUUUUUCUACCUGCUUGUCUUAUUUUUAGAAUAAUUUAGAAAAACAAAACAAGGCUGUCUUUCCUCAUUUUGGCAUGAACCCCUUGUUCCAAACGGAGACGGCUCGCGAAGCGGCGGAGGGCCGAGCUGCAGCUCUGCCGCGGCGCCUGCCCGGGCUGCGCGGCGCCGUCCUGCUGAUGUGGUAGGCUAGCAAUACUUUGGUUAAAUCAUGUUUGUGACUGUAACCAUUUGUAUGAAUUAUUUUAAAGAAAUAAAAAUCCCAGAAAGUCGG